AUUUUAUUGAACCUGAGUAGAUCGAGCGGUUCACAUUCACAGAAAGCACAAGCCGAGCACAGGUGGACAGCGCUGUUAUUAGAUGAUCAACUCCUGCUAAAGCUGUACGUGUGAGACAGUCACUGAGAUUUACACACUGCAUAAACAUGCAAACGGUGCCACACUAUCAGUUCACGCAGCACUUUUGGGAAAAGGAGACAGUAUCAACAAAACUUCCAUAUUUGCACAGAGAGGGCAUGAGCAGACAGCACAGUCCCUCAGGAGCUCAUCACAACUCCAGACCGCAUGUUCUAGAAAACCAAGAGGGAAAGAUGAGCUACAUGAGAGGGAGACAACAACCCUGGCAACAUCCAGACAACAUCCAUAGGAAGAAACACAUACAUCUGGAGGAGCAGAAUGAAUACGUUCCUUCACGGAAAGAAUCUGACAAACUCUUCCCUCUAAAACCAGUCCUUCACAAGAGAGCGUACAGCCUGAGUAACGUCACAAAACCAGAACAUCAAGAGAGACUUUACUCAUGUUUGACUGAUCAGGCGGCUAUUAGACACCAGCAGAAGGUUGUAAGGAAACUAGAUGCUCUUACUUCAGACUAUCAGGGGAGGAGAAAUCUGACAAAGAGCGAUGUGGACCGUGAACAGAAGUUUGAGAAACAAACACGGCUGUCAAAGGAAAUCCAGUCCAAGGAGAUGAUGCUCCAGGAGAAGAUUUUCAAAGCAGAGGAGACUCUGAGAAGAGUCCAAAAAGAGAGGAAGGAUAGUGCGAGGAGAGAUGAGAGAAAUAAAAAAUAUUUGGAAAAGCAAAAGGAGGACAACAGGUUCUAUAGUAAUGGAUACGGUGACUGGAAUGAGGAAAGAGACCGAUAUGGGAGUGAAAGAAGGGAAUUCAGAGAUGAUGUGGAGAGAUGGGAGGAGUGGGAGCGGGGGAUAAAUGGUGGCCAGGUGGAGAGGGGGCACCAUUUCACCUCAGAGAUGAGAAAGGGUCACAAGCUGGAGGAAAUGAGAGAGUGGGACGAGUAUGAACACACAGCAACGCACAGGAGCCGGGAAAUGAGUAAUGGGCGAAGAGAGAGAGGAAUGGGAUGGGACAAUGUGAGAAGAAGAAGGGAAACACACAACCUGUAUUUGCACAAUGAAGAUGAAGAACACUGCGAUGUGAGAAAACCAGAUUUAUCGGACUCUGUGAGAAGAGACAGAUCUCACCUCAAACAUGAGAGGAGAGAAAAUAAAGAUGGUUUAUAUCAGCUCACAUCGAAACUCAUGAGGGAGGCCGACCCGGACAGAAAUCCCAGCCAGAGAGGAAAGCGCCUGCAGCAGGUGGAGCUCAGUCUGGAGGAGAAUCCAGAUGCUCCACACCAGCUGAUCCCGUGUAAUGUGUGCCAUCGAUGCUUCGCACGAGACCGCCUGGAGACGCACAUGAGGGUGUGUGAGAAAAAGCGGCCUCAGCGCAAGAUCUUUGACAUGUCACAGUACAGAGCCAAAGGGACAGAUCUCGAGGAGUUCAUGAAAACCAACAGCAGGAGCAAAACCCCAGAACUUAAGAAGAACAAUUGGCGGCAGAAACAUGAGGCCUUCAUUCAAACUAUGCGUCAGGGUCGAGCUCACACUCCUGGAAGAGUGCCGCCACAGUCAGUCGCAAACCUAAACUCAGAAUAUGUAACCUGCCCUCAUUGUGGCCGCAAAUUUGCCCCAGGCCCGGCAGAGAGGCACAUCCCAAAGUGCCAGAACAUCAAGAGCAGACCACCACCUCCCAAACAACCACACAGCGCCACCAGGAGGAAGAUCACACAGUGACGUGUGCUAUAGCAAUUCUCUGUGUGCUGCUGAGGCUUUUGCAUUGAACAGAGUACAGUUGAACUUUUUUAAAUAUAAUGCUAUUUGCUUAUUUAAAACCACUUUGUCUGGAACUUAGACUAAAAAAAAAAGUAAUUCUCCUGGAAGUAAAUAUUAUCGACAGAAAACUGAUUUAAAUGACAGAUGUUUGUAAAUUAAAUGUC